AUGCAGGUUACGGAACGUGGCGCAACGAGGCAUUGGAUGUGCGUGUGCCUUUGUUGGGGUCGGAGGGUUCUCAUCGAAUUCAAGCCGGCAGCUACCCUCGACGUCUUCAUGAGAGUUGCUGUCAUCGGAGGCGGUCCUUCCGGACUUGUCACUCUCAAGUACCUCCUUACCGCGCACCAGUUUCUCGGAGUUGAACCCAUCGAGGCUCACCUUUUCGAGAGUGACGAUGCCGUGGGAGGAACAUUUUAUGCCAGGACCUAUGAAGAUGCCGAGCUGGUCUCAUCAACUCAACUCACCACCUUUUCCGACUUUAGAGCCUCAAAAACCGAUGGAGACUUUAUGUCCGCCAAGCGAUAUGUGCAAUAUCUCAACGACUAUUGCACGCAUUUUAACCUGUGGCCCAACAUCCACCUCAACACGCGAGUCGAUUCAGUGACAAGGAUGCUCAAGGGGAAACAUGUCGUCACUUACACCGCCAAAAUAACUGGAGAGACCUCGGAAUGGGAAUGCGAUGCCAUAGCCGUCUGCUCCGGUCUUCAUGUUACUCCCCAUAUCCCCGACAUCCCGGGUAUCGAACACGUCCCCGUCAAGAUGCACUCAUCCCAGUUCAAGGAGAAGAAACAGUUCGGCGUCGACAAGACGGUCAUGAUUCUCGGUAGCGGAGAAACAGGUUCGGAUCUUUCCUGGAUGGCAGUGAUUUCGCAGACCAAGCGAGUCGUCAUGUGCCAUCGAAGUGGCUUUCAUUUUGCCCCAAAGAGAAACCUCAGUCCUAUCCUGUUUCCCAUUUUGGGCUGCAAAUCCAGUGGUGAGCUGACAGUCCCCUUGGACAAUGCACGUGCAAGCCUGUUUGACACAGCUUACGUCCAUCCCUUGCUUCGGAACCACACGGCGCUCUGGACGUUCUACAACAUUUACGUACGGACGUUUCUGUGGCUGAACACGGGCACCCCCGAAGGAUUAGAUCAAGUUGUUGGAGAACCUGAUCCGCAAAAGAAUCAUGUCAGCCGAAUCUUCUUCAACAAAUCCUCCAACGCCGCGCCCUACAUCUCGUACCCUUACAAACACCUACAACCCUCCCCCACCCCUCCCACCCUUCUUUCGAGGAUCCGCUCCGCCCUCAUCGGCUCGACCCUCAAAGACACAGGCGGCCGGUACAUCGACCUGGCGCCCUGGCCCCAAUCCAUUUCUUCGCAGGGCAUCGUCACCUUCCAAAACAACCACCGGCCCGAAUGGGAGCGCAUGCGCCAGCAGACCAUCAAGCCCGACCUCGUUAUUUUCUGCACGGGAUAUAACCAGGAAUACCCCUUUUUCACGGCCCAUAACGCUUCUCUCUGCAGUAAAAGUGGCAAGGCAGCCCGCCGGUACGCAGUCGAGCACACGGAGCGCGAUGUCCGCGGUAUUUGGAACCGCGACGACCCUUCAGUGGGAUUCAUUGGAUUCCUGCGGCCCAGUCUGGGCGCCAUACCGCCCUUAGCAGAGAUGCAGGCCCAAUUGUGGAUUGUGCAAUUGGUUGCUCCCCAUUGGAUUCCGCGGCCGCUGGACCCAAAAGAUGAAGACCAUUAUCGGUUGCGGCACCCGGCUGAGAGCAGGGUCAAGUAUGGGGUGGAUCAUGAGAGUUAUGUGUACCAACUUGGAUUGGAUAUGGAUUCUGCUAUGGGGGUCAUGGAGGUGUUGAGGAGAGGACUUUGGGAGAGGGGGGUGGGUGCUUUGUGGGAAAGGGGGGGAGGUGAUGUGACGUGGAAAAAGACAAAGGAGAAGAGGAGGAUACAAAAUGGGUGGAAAUUGCCGCUUGUGUGGGGACUGGGAGCGAAUUAUAAUGUCAAGUUUAGGAUGAAGGGGCCCUGGAGGUGGGAAGGCGCGGAGGAGGUGAUGGAGACGGAGUUAUGGAGGAUGAUUAAGCGACGGAGAUGGUUUUGGGAGCAUUUCUGUUUGAGUUUGUUGCCCAUGAUGAUCUUUGGGCCGGUGAGUCUGUUGGUGUGGGUUUAUGCUAGUGUUGUUGGGGUGUUGGUGGGGGUUGAUGAUUUGAGAAAGAGACAGCAGGAGAAGAAGAAAGGACUCGGAGUGAAGGGGGAGAGGGGGAUGGGAUUGGGAUCGAAGAAGGAGAUGGUUAAUGGGGUGGAGGGGAGGUGGAUGAGGGAGAAGAUGCCGUUGGAGGCGGAGUUGUAA